CGACGGACGAGGCAAUCUGCCACCGUUCUCGUGUUGUCCGUGGUUUGUUUUCUCUGCAGCUUGAUGAUAUGUCUCAAAUCAAACAGUCGUCUUGGCUCGCUGUCUCCGCCCACUGCCCGCACUGGAGGACCCAUGUGUUUCCAGCCCGGAUGGAUGAACGCGUCGACUGGGGUAUUCACUUUUAUAUCGCGCUCCGGAUUGUCUGGCAGUAGUCGAAAGUGCAUCCACUUGGGGAGCGAUUUGAUACGUACUGGAUCGACAAUCCUUGGAGGAGGUGGCUUGAAAUUACGACAAGCAUCAACUGGGUACAGGUGAUACGGAGUUUGGAUUGGGGUUCUGAUGUCUGGGCACAGUUCCUCCG